AUGAAUCAACUUUCCUUUGUUGGGCGUGUAACUCUUGCCAUAACUGUGAUAGAAGCUCUGCCUACGUAUUGUAUGAUGACCCCUACUAUUCCAAAGGCUUGUCUUAAGGAGAUCCAACAGAUGCAUAGGGAUUUUAUCUCGGAUGACAGUGAUGAAUCGCAUCAUUUACAUACAAUUCGGUGGAGUAAAAUUGCUAUGGAAAAUAGGUAUGGAGGAUUAGGAAUUAGGAAGCUUGAGCUUAUGAACCAAGCUUGUCUGGCCAAACUUAGUUGGUGUUUGUUGUGUGGGAAUCAAGCAUUGUGGUGUGAGGUUUUGAGAAGAAAAUAUAUAUCGCACAGAUUUCAGCUGGAGCCAGAGAGUGCGAAGGAUUCAUAUUCGAGCCUUUGGAAGCAACUUUCUAAUUUGUGGUCGCAAUUGGAGAGUAAGACUUAUUGGGAAUUAUGGAAUGGUAAGAAUGUCAGAUUUUUGGAUGAUGCACGGAUCACGCUAGGGUUGUAUUUGAAUUCGAUGAUGAUAGAGGAUAUUGAAGAUCACAAUUCACUUCAGAAACUCAAGGUUAUUCCCCCUCUGAGUUACAACUCUGAGAUUAAAAAUGUGCGGUUGUGGAGUGAUACAGCUGGUGGGACUUUUUUGAUAGCCUUGAUGUAUACUCAUCUCUCAUCUGUUGAUAUUAAUAAAGUCACUGAUGUCAGUUUAGAGUGGAAAUUUCUUUGGAAGAUUAAAAUUCCAGAGUGUAUCAGGUUCUUUAUUUGGAAGAUGUGCCAUAAUAGGCUUCCUACUAAUCAGGUUCUGGGGCACCUGCAAAUAUGGGACCGCUAUUUUGAUUACUACAGACAGCAUGAGGAGUCCUCUUUUCAUGCGUUGCAUGAUUGA